UCAUGGCCUCCACAGCUCCGGAGGAUUUACCGGAGAACCGGGAGGGUUUAGCGGCCUCAGGAGACACCGGGACACCGAGGGAAGACACCGGGACACCGGGGGAAGACACCGGCAUGGCAGGAAAAACAACCUUCCUUCAGAAAGCAAAUGGAAGAGAGAGACGUCACAGCUGUCAGCAAUGUGACAAAUCCUUUACAAGAUCUGGAGAUUUAAAGUGCCACCUGCAUAUUCAUACUGGAGAAAAACCAUACAGCUGUAAAGAGUGUGGGACAACAUUCACUAGAUCAGGUGAUCUAAAAAAACAUCAACGUAUUCACACUGGAAAAAAAACGUACUGGUGUGAAGAGUGUGGGAAAACGUUCACUACAUCAAGUGGUCUCAAAACACAUCAACGUAUUCACACAGGAGAAAAACCGUACAGGUGUGAAGAGUGUGGGAAAACGUUCACUACAUCAGAUGCUCUCCAAAAACAUCAACGUAUUCAUACUGGAGAAAAACCGUACUGGUGUGAAGAGUGUGGGAAAACGUUCACUACAUCAAGUGGUCUGAAAACACAUCAACGUAUUCACACAGGAGAAAAACCGUACUGGUGUGAAGAGUGUGGGAAAACGUUCACUACAUCAGAUGCUCUCCAAAGACAUCAACGUAUUCAUACUGGAGAAAAACCGUACUGGUGUGAAGAGUGUGGGAAAACGUUCACUACAUCAAGUGAUCUCCAAACACAUCAACGUAUUCACACUGGAGAAAAACCGUACUGGUGUGAAGAGUGUGGGAAAACAUUCACUACAUCAGGUGGUCUCCAAAAACAUCAACGUAUUCAUACUGGAGAAAAACCAUACUGGUGUGAAGAGUGUGGGAAAAUGUUCACUACAUCAAGUGAUCUCCAAACACAUCAACGUAUUCAUACUGGAGAAAAACCGUACUGUUGUGAAGAGUGUGGGAAAACGUUCACUACAUCAGGUGCUCUCCAAAAACAUCGACGUAUUCACACAGGAGAAAAACCGUACUGGUGUGAAGAGUGUGGGAAAACGUUCACAACAUCAAGUGAUCUCCAAAAACAUCAACGUAUUCAUACUGGAGAAAAACCGUACCGGUGUGAAGAGUGUGGGAAAACGUUUUCUCAAAGUUCUCACCUUAAAGUCCACAAGCGAAUCCACACCGCAUAGUUUUGAACAACUAUGAGAGCCAAGCUAGCUGUUUGCUCCUCCUGAUGUCCUGAGAGCUGUAUUUUUAUAUUUGAAGAGUCUUUCUGAAUUGAAGUCUGACUAACAGACUUCAAUUCACAGAGUCAGUCUCGUUUGAUGUCCCUGGACAAGCCCUGAGGUCCUCUUCAGCUUUUUAAAUAUCCCUAAAGUCCCCCAAAAUAAAAUGGGUGAGGCUUUUCUCCACUACGCUCCCAAACUGUGGAACACCAGGAAAUAUCAGAGAGGCUCAGUGGACAUUUUUAAACGCCUUCUAAAGAAACAUCUCUUUAGAUUAGCUUUUUAUUAGCAACCCCCCACUUUAAAUGGUCUUUUAGUCUUUAUUAUUUACCUACUUUUAUAUUGUUUUAUUUAUGAUAUAGGAAGGGUUUUAUCUCAUAUUAGUUAUUUAACAGUUUCAAUAAAAACAUUUAUUUUUACGUUGGUUUCUUUAUAUUUUAAUCGUUUAACCUUUAUUAGAAUUAUGACGUUUUUAUUACUAUUCAUUUGUAAUUCUGUUGUACCUAUAUGUUCACUUUAUUUUAUAGGGUUUUAUAUUGUUGAAUCUAUCCACUUGUCUUGUGUCUUGUCUUUCUGAGAGAAAUCAUAAUUCAGUUUUCAUAAUCCUUCUCCUGGGCUGCUUGUGUGAGGUGUGCAGCAUGUGUAGUGUGGUGUCUCUGUGUGAGACCUGUUAGUUUAACAUGUUCAUUGUUAGGAGAUAUGCUCCAGUUUGUCUUUGUGCAUGGAGUACUUCAGUCACUUUCUUUUAAGAGAAAGUUGUUCUCAGUUCAUCUUAAGUUUGUUUUGUAAAUUGGCUGGUGAGCCUUCUUCCUUUUCAAAAAAUUAAACAUUAUCUACUAAUUUUGCCAAA